AUGAACGCCCUGAUCUCAGCCCACGACAUCAAGACCUUCUACUCGACGCUCCACUGUCUCUCUCGCUUCUCCGACUCGUUCUGGCUCUCAUGCACGCCGCGCCCUUCCUCUGCGCCCUCGCUCCGCCUGUCGGCGAUCAACCCCACCAACUCGGCAUUCUGCCUGUUCGCCUUCGAUCCGGACUUCUUCCUCGCCCUCAAUUGCACCGAGAAGCUUGAAGUGCAGAUCCAGCUUAAGGGAUUGCUCUCGAUCCUUCGCUCGCGCGGUCGAACCGUCGAACGACUCGAACUUCGACUCACCACGGACACCAUCUGUCGUCUCAGCAUCACCCUCCAUUGUCGACACGGCAUUGUCAAGACGCACCAUCUGACGUAUGAGCCCAAACGUGGGUUGUUGCCAACAGCAGAUCCCAAUCCGGCCAACUUCUUCUGUCUCAACCCCAACACUGCGGGGGAAUGGCUCGAUCAUUUUUUGUCCUCCAGCAAAACAGGCGAGAUCACCCUCCUCUGCACCCCCACCAGCUGCGUAGCGAGGAGUAAGGAUGAGGAGCUUCCGGAGGGCAAGGGGAUGGUGAGGAAGAGCAUCGCUACCGAGGUCAAGAUCGCCAUCGACGAGUUUAAGGAGUAUGGCGUACUGGAGGAGGCGCGGUUGACACUGAGUUUGCGGGAGUUCAAAGCGACGGUGCAACUGGCCGAGUCAUUGGGGGUGAGUGUCGAGGUGAAUUUUAGCGAUGGGGAUGAGCCGCUGUUUGUCAGGUUGAGGGUGGAGAGUGCGGUGGCGGCCGAGUUUGUGAUUGCGACCACCAAGGCGGGCGCUGCAACGGGUGGUGGGAGUGGGGAAGGGUCGGCAGGGGGAGGGGGAGGGGAGGCGCAAGAGAGGACCCGCAUCGCCGCUUCCGUCUCGUCCAGCGCCAGAACCAACUCGCACAGCGGCCCUUCCGCAUCACAUCAUCAGGCCGCAGAAACCUCCUCUUCCUCCUCCUCGUCACUACCGUCGCACCACGCACCCGUACCAACACGCAUCCCGAACCAAUCCACCCCCCUCCCACCUGUCCCUCAAGAGGAGGACGAGGACGAAACACAACCCCUCUUCUUCCCCGGCGCAUCGCAGCUCUCGCUCCAACCAACCCCACCCGUUGCGGUGGAGGAUUUCGUGCAACCGACGCCCGUCGCGAUGGGCGGAGAUCCGGGCGAAUGGUUGGACCCGCAUCAGCCGAGUGCGCCGCCGCCACCACAGCAGCAGCAGAGGGGGACCGACGCGGAUGAUGCAGACGAGGAUGAAGAGAGCGACAGCGAAAGGGAUAGCGCAUCAGCGCCGAGAAAACGAUUCAGGCCGCUGUUCUGA